CUGGUUCAAGAAUCACGUUGGGCACACUUCCAGAGAAUCUCGGUCUUCGGACUCAAAAGUGCAUUUUUGACGGGCAAUCCUGAGACGGUAAAGGUUAUUUUUAAAACAAGGAUUAGCGACUGGUCCUUGUUCCCUGUAGAUGUGAAAAGAGAACAACGGCCGAGCCAUAAAACACGUUACAUUGGUGGUCAAGCAUGUCUAGGUUCAUACAUCCCACCGUGUUUAUCUCUAUCAAUUAUCUGCCGCUGCAUGUAUAAUAAUUCUCCUCUCCCUAUGGCUACAUACUUCUUAAAAACCAAAACAAAAGAAGAAGAAGAAAAACCAAUCAGCAUCAUCAAUUAACACUGAGAGAUGAGUCAAGAGCAACGGCGGAGGCUACUGCAGGAGGAACCCAUCAAGUACGGCGAUUUAUUCAGCGUUCAAGGGGAGCUGGCAAGCAUGCCGGUGACCCCGAAAGAUGCCUCUAUGAUGCAGUCGGCGGAGAAUGCCAUGCUGGGCAAGACCCUCAGGGGGGGCGCCGCUGCCGUCAUGCAGUCGGCCGCCAUGAAGAACGAGAGGGCGGGCCAUGUUGGACACAAGGAUAUGACCGCUUCUGCCGCCGAUCUCGGUGUUAGUGUAACCGAGACUGAUCUUGAAGGCAAGCGCGUCAUCGUGGAGUCUUUCGGCGGACAGGUUAUCCAAAGAGUAGAAGGAAACGCAAGGAAAAUCCAUCAACUGGUCGAGGCGGUAGAGCACUACGAUAAAAAAGUAACGAUGCAGACGGUGGCGCCACCUUCUCGGACGCAAGAAGAUGCUAGAGUUGGGCUUGGAGGGUGCGGGGGAAUUUCUAUCGGAGAAGCACUGGAAGCUACGGCCGUCACUGCCGGUAACAAGCCUGUGGAGUGGAGUGACGCCGCCGCAAUUCAGGCAGCCGAAGUGAGGGCCACAGGCCGUACCAACAUUGUCCCUGGCGGUGUCGCCGCCGCCGCUCAGUCCGCCGCCACUCUCAAUGCCCGCCUCACAAACAACACAGACAAGACCACACUCGCAGAUAUUCUCAACGAUGCGACUUCAAAGCUGCCGUCAGAUAAAGUGGCGACGAGGAAAGAUGCGGAAGGGGUAACCGUUGCAGAGAUGAGAAAUAACCCGAACCUCGCCAUUCAUCCCGCCGGCGUGUCCGUGUCCGUCACUGCUGCAGCCAGGCUUAACCAAAUUCAUAAUUAAUUAAACUAAUCUUUUCCGAAAUGUACAUAUAUUGCUUAAUCGGGUUUCUUUUUGUCCUUCAGUUAUGCAGCAAACAGAAAAUCAAUCCACAGGAACUAUCUGGGAUCCUCUGAUCCUGCAAAGUUCUAGAAACUAACCCUCUAAUGACUGCUAAAACCAAAGUUUACGACAUCAUGCAUA